AUGCAAGCUGAGCCGGGCGGAUGGAGUCAGUGCUGCCGGAGCGAAAUUGGAGCUGGCGAGAAGGCCGAGGCUCCAGGGAAACUCGCUCCACAGUCCAGUCAAAUUGGAGCUGGCGAGAAGGCCGAGGCUCCAGGGAAACUCGCUCCACAGUCCAGUCAAAUUGGAGCUGGCGAGAAGGCCGAGGCUCCAGGGAAACUCGCUCCACAGUCCAGUCAAAUUGGAGCUGGCGAGAAGGCCGAGGCUCCAGGGAAACUCGCUCCACAGUCCAGUCAAAUUGGAGCUGGCGAGAAGGCCGAGGCUCCAGGGAAACUCGCUCCACAGUCCAGUCAAAUUGGAGCUGGCGAGAAGGCCGAGGCCCCAGGGAAACUCGCUCCACAGUCCAGUCAAAUGGAGCUGGCGAGAAGGCCGAGGCCCCAGGGAAACUCGCUCCACAGUCCAGUCAAAUUGGAGCUGGCGAGAAGGCCGAGGCUCCAGGGAAACUCGCUCCACAGUCCAGUCAAAUUGGAGCUGGCGAGAAGGCCGAGGCUCCAGGGAAACUCGCUCCACAGUCCAGUCAAAUUGGAGCUGGCGAGAAGGCCGAGGCCCCAGGGAAACUCGCUCCACAGUCCAGUCAAAUUGGAGCUGGCGAGAAGGCCGAGGCUCCAGGGAAACUCGCUCCACAGUCCAGUCAAAUUGGAGCUGGCGAGAAGGCCGAGGCUCCAGGGAAACUCGCUCCACAGUCCAGUCAAAUUGGAGCUGUAUGUAUACACCUGUUCUGAAAUGCCCCAGAGUCUGCACCACCACCAAGCAAACGGCACCAUGAAGACCAAGGAGCUCUCCAAACAGGUCAUGGACCAAGUUGUGGAGAAGUACAGAUCAGGGUUGGACACGUCAUCAUCAUCAUCGGCUAAAGAAGGCAGCAGGCAGUACCAGGACAGUAACAUGCAGAAGUUGGUGCAUGACCUCACCAGUUGUCUGGAACAGCGUCUGGACACUAAGCUGCUUCUCUAUGACCUGUGUACCAUCAUCAAAACAGCCACGAAAGCAGAUGGAUUUGCCCUUUAUUUCAUGGGAGAAUGUAACAAUAGUGUGUGUUUGUUUAAACCAACGGUGGCUGAGGACGGUCCUCCCACCCUCAUCCCAGCUGGCCCGGUCACGUUUGGGACCACCAUCGCCACACACGUGGCCACAACACGCCAAACUCUGCUAGUAAAGGACAUCACAGGGGACCAGCGUUUCCCAGAAGGCACAGGUCAGGACUCAGACUCAGGGAUUCAUGUUCAUUCUGUCCUGUGCCUCCCCAUUCUCACGGCCAUCGGUGACCUCAUAGCUAUCCUGGAGCUGCAUCGGCACUGGGGCAACGAGCCCUUCAAUACCAGCAACCAGGAGGUUGCGACAGCGUGUUUAGCAUGGGCAUCUGUAGCUAUUCACCAAGUACAGGUGUGCAGAGGCCUAGCCAAACAGACGGAGCUCAAUGACUUCCUGCUAGAAGUGUCAAAAACGUACUUUGACAACAUUGUGGCAAUAGAUUCUCUACUUGAACACAUAAUGAUAUAUGCAAAAAACCUGGUGAAUGCGGACAGAUGUGCCCUGUUCCAGGUGGACCACAAUAACAAAGAACUGUACUCAGACCUGUUCGACAUCGGGGAGGAGAACGAGGGCAAACCUGUCUUCAGGAAAACCAAAGAGAUUAGGUUUUCUAUAGAGAAAGGUAUAGCGGGCCAAGUGGCACGGACGGGGGAGGUCCUUAACAUCCCAGACGCCUAUGCAGACCCACGCUUUAAUAGAGAGGUGGACCUCUAUACGGGAUACACCACGCGGAACAUCCUAUGCAUGCCCAUCGUUUCCAGGGGGACCGUAAUAGGGGUCGUACAGAUGGUUAACAAGCUGAGUGGAAGUGCCUUCACCAAAACAGACGAGAACAACUUCAAGAUGUUCGCCGUCUUCUGUGCUCUAGCCUUACACUGUGCCAAUAUGUACCACCGGAUCAGGCACUCUGAGUGUAUCUACAGGGUAACCAUGGAGAACUUGUCCUACCACAGUAUCUGUACUUCAGAGGAGUGGAAGAGCCUCACGAAGCUGGACCUUCCUACGCCCCUAUACAAAGAGAUAGAACUGUUUCAUUUUGACAUUAGUCAGUUUGAGGAGCUGUGGCCGGCUGUCUUUGUUUACAUGGUCCACAACUCAUGUGGAGAGACCAGUUUUGAGCUGGAGAAGUUGUGCAGGUUCACAAUGUCUGUGAGGAAGAAUUAUCGGCGUGUUCCCUACCAUAACUGGAAACAUGCGGUGAACGUGGCUCACUGUAUGUACGCCAUACUGCAGAAGACCACCGGCAUCUUCACUGAAAUAGAGAAGAAGGGUCUGCUGAUAGCCUGUCUAUGUCAUGAUCUGGACCAUCGAGGAUACAGUAACACCUACCUGCAGAAGUUUGACCAUCCUCUAGCUGCCCUGUACAGCACAUCUACAAUGGAGCAGCACCACUUCUCCCAGACUGUAUCCAUCCUCCAGCUGGAAGGGCACAAUAUUUUCUCCAACCUGACUUCCAUUGAGUACGAGCAAGUUCUAGAGGUCAUCCACAAGGCCAUCAUCGCUACAGAUCUGGCGCUCUACUUCGGCAACCGCAAACAGCUAGCUGAACUACUGAGCACUGGAGCUCUGGACCUGGACAACCACCAACACAGGGACCGUGUGAUUGGUCUGAUGAUGACAGCAUGUGACCUGUGUUCCGUUACCAAGCUGUGGCCAAUCACGCGACUCACAGCCAAUGAUAUCUACGCUGAGUUCUGGGCUGAGGGGGAUGAGAUGAAGAAGAUAGGUAUACAGCCCAUCCCUAUGAUGGACAGAGAUAAGAAGGAAGAGGUUCCUCAGGGGCAGGUGGGGUUCUACAAUGCUGUUGCGCUCCCAUGUUAUACAACCUUAUCUGAGCUCUUCCCCCCUUCUGGCCCUCUUCUACAAGCCUGCAAGGAGAACCUUGGCCAGUGGGAGAAGAUAGUGAAUGGAGAGGAGGAGGACAGUGGAGUGAGAGGAGUGUGGGCUCCGUCAGAGCCUGUUGACCCCAGGGUAGAGCCUGUUGACCCCAGGGCAGAGCCUGUUGACCCCAGGGCAGAGCCUGUUGACCCCAGGGCAGAGCCUGUUGACCCCAGGGCAGAGCCUGUUGACCCCAGGGCAGAGCCGGUUGACCCCAGGGCAGAGCCUGUUGACCCCAGGGUAGAGCCUGUUGACCCCAGGGUAGAGCCUGUUGACCCCAGGGUAGAGCCUGUUGACCCCAUGGUAGAGCCUGUUGACCCCAUUGUAGAGCCCAGCAUAGAGGAACCCUCUAACCCUGACUCAGGCCCUGUGAAGGUGGACAACUGACUAGUAGUGAAGCCACUGCUCGCCCUCACUACCACGCAAGUCAAUACGCCCCCCUCACUACCACACGCCCUCACUACCACACGCCCUCACAAUGUCCCCUGCCAGCAGGUGUGUGUACUUCCUGUCUGGACUUCCUGUGUCAGCGACUCAAUUCCUUCUGCAACAGGAAGGGGCGGGAAACAUGCGUAGGGACGAGGGAAGAUGAUUGGUGGAUUUACUGACAAGGGGAUUAUUUUCAGAAACACACAGUUACCUCAUUGGGUGAGGGAGGAGAGGAGGUAACACAGACGUUGUCACCACUCCCAUAGACAUGGACGGAGGACCGCAGGGGUGUGUUCAUUAGGUACCAAACGCAAACAAACUGCCCCGAAACAGGGAGAGACUACCUGGACCGGUCCAAUAAGAAACAGUUGUUUUUUACGAUUUCCGUUGCAAAAUGUUUUGCACUGAUGAAUACAGCCGAGUGGGGAUUCGGCACCAAUCACCUGAUCCACCAACCACCUGAUCCACCAACCACCUGAUCCACCAGUCACCUGAUCCACCAAUCACCUGAUCCACCAACCACCUGAUCCACCAACCACCCGAUCCAUCAGUCACCGGAUCGACCAGUCACCGGAUCGACCAGUCACCUGAUCCACCAACCACCUGAUCCACCAACCACCUGAUCCACCAACCACCCGAUCCAUCAGUCACCGGAUCGACCAGUCACCUGAUCCACCAACCACCUGACCCACCAACCACCUGAUCCACCAUUCACCUGAUCCACCAACCACCUGAUCCACCAACCACCUGAUCCACCAACCACCUGAUCCACCAACCACCUGAUCCACCAGUCACCUGAUCCACCAGUCACCGGAUCCACCAACCACCUGAUCCAUCAGUCACCUGAUCCACCAACCACCUGAUCCACCAACCACCUG